AUGGAUCUAACACAAAUCAGCCAUUCGUCGCCAGACGAAUCACUCCCAGCUCUCGACAUUUACAUCACACCACGCUAUCUUGACGGUGCUGCCCAUUCAAUCAGUGUCAAGCUGACCUUUGUCGAUGACGGAACCGAGCCAAGGGAUGGUACCUAUCCAGUACUGCGAGCCGUCACAAACAUUGCAUCUACACCGGCUCUGCACCUUGUGGAAGGCACUCUGAAAGUUUCGGAUGAAGCCGGAGAUGUUCCGUUGACACCAGAGGACGCGUCCGUCCCCCAAAUCAUUGCACAAAUCCAUGUCGCUCCCCGGAAGACUCGGGGUUUGAUUACUGUGACAUAUGAUGUCAACCCGAGGCAGAUUGAUAUACACACGCGUAACGGUCCUCUGAUGGAUUUCCGACGGCAAACCGGUGGUGGCCUCAUGGGCGCGGGAUAUGGCAUGCUAGCCGUGCCCGCAGUGAUGAAGAGAUUCACCGUGCGUAUGCACUGGAAUCUGUCCGACGCUCCCACUGGCACUGUUGGGGUUUGGACCAUGGGUGCCAAGGCGGAAUUGGCACCACCUCAGAUUCAGCAUACUUAUUUCGCAGUCGGCUUGUUAAAGUCCAGCUCUGAACAGCGAAAACUGCCAUCGGGAAAAAAACAGCAAUGUAGUGUCUACUGGCUGACAGAGCCACCGUUUGACGCGGAUGGGCUGGCGGCCGAGAUAAGAAAAGUCUUCUUUGCCUUGGCCGAUUUCUUUGAAGACCAAGGCGAUGAUUUUUACGUCUUCUUCCGCGAACACCCUUACCCUGGAACUGGAGGCACGGCGCUCUCCAGGUCUUUCAUGUACACGUACAGCGUCGAGGAGCACGAGGAACCCGAGCCUUUCAUGGUCAAGUUGAAAAAGCUUGCCCACGAGAUCGUCCACGAGUGGGCCACAUUUAAUGAGGGCGGACCGGAAGAAAACUGGUAUCACGAAGGCUUGGCCGAGUAUUACUCUCUAGUGUUUCUGCACAAACUCGGAAUCUUGGACGAUGAGGCCAUGAUUCAAGAAGUAAACGGCAGAUUAUCCGCCUACUACACGUCACCCUUUGUCCUCACGUCAAACCGCGACAUUACGAAAUUGACUUGGGCGUCGCACACUACGCAGACUCUACCGUACCGGCGAGGCUUUGUCUUUGCCAUUUUGGCAAACGCCAUCAUUCAGCAGUCCACGGAACAAGAGCUCUCUCUGGACAAUCUCGUCCUAGACCUCAAGCGCCAAUUAGGUAGUUGUCCUGUGGGACCGGACCAGUAUAUAGACUGGAUUACCUCCAAGACGGGAAGGGAUGGGAGGAAGAUGCACACAGACAUGUCCGAGGCUAGAUCUCUGCUCAAGCUGCCAGACCAAAGCUUUCCCGUGGCCUUGAGGUCUGGAAAGAACCUUCAACUGACGCGAGAGGACCAGUAUCCAUUUGACAUGGGCUUUGAUGAGUCGACAGGAGUGGCUAAACAAGUAGUCCAAGACUUGCGGCCAGAGUCGCGCGCAUGGGAGGCGGGCUUGCGGGAAGGGGACAGGUUGAGGAAAUGGCCAGUAUUGCCGCAUACGGAAUAUGAUUCCGAGGUCACCUUGGAAGUCUUGAGGGAUAGUCUUGAGAAGCCUCUGCGGAUUACAUACUGGCCGCGUGGACGCGAGACCGUCGAGAGCUGGCAGUACAGCGUUUGUGUGGAUUAG